AUGGAACAUUCAUCGGCAACAGAAAUCCUCGACCGUGGUGACCAAUUUCGCGACUACCGACCCCCCAUAGAUGUGCCCCAGUCUACUCUCCCUGCAGUUGAUAUCCUGAAUAACAAGUGCUUUGACAAGUUCGAAGUUUACUACCCACUUGACAGCCGAAGGUCCAAGUUCUUCAUACCGUGGGACCGGCUGCUGGAAGUCAUUUCUGUGCCCUCAGUUCAAACAGCCCUGCAGAGAUGGAACGAGGAUAUCAGCCUAACUUCCAACAUCUGCUUCUCCACAGAUGAUAAACUGACAACCAAAGCUUCCUAUCGCAGAAUGCUCGGAAUCCUUGUGCACCUCGGAAGGGCGGAGGACAUCUUGGUGUUCAUAAAAAAUGGCCUGAACGAUUCAAAGCUUCCCCUUCGUCUCAAGCCAGACCGAACGGGUUUGAUGUACACCAAGGCCGGUACCGAUGUCGAUGUGGACUUCCUCCAGGACUGGGACAAGAGAACCGUGAAGGAAUUCGGCGAGGUUCAGUUUGCUUUCAUUUCCCCAUACUUUGUCCGCCCGGCAGACGGGAGGCUGCUCCACUACAUCCUCAGCGAGGAAGACGUUCUUCCCAUCCUAGAAGAAUCCAAGUGGAUACGAGAACCGGGCGACGAGAACCCGCAACCGGACACCCCUGUGACCCACGGUGUCAAGCAAAUUCAACUGCAUGAAUGCCACUACGACUUUGGAGAUUACGGGUUCGUCACUUCGACAGGUCCCAACCACCUGUUUGCCAUGAAAAGCCUGAGCUCCAACGAUCGAGAAGUUUUCAAGAGGGAAGUCGACUUCCUCAAGCGCACCAACCACAUAAGAAAUGCCCAUCUAAACAAGCUACUGGUAACCUUCGAAGCAAAUCAUAACGGAGGACUGUUUCACUUGGUUUUCCCGUGGGCCGAGUCGGAUUUGUAUUCGUUCUGGAAACAUCGCCGCCCCGACACUUGCCACACGGCUUGGAUAGCGCAACAGCUUAGUGGCCUCGCCUCGGCUCUUGCGCUCAUACAUGAUGACAGCGAAUCGCAGCCGGCCAUUCGGGGUAACGAGCCAACCUACGGACGACAUGGGGACUUGAAGCCCGAAAACAUACUGUGGUUUCCGGGCCAACCCGACUGCGCGCGAACUGGAGGCAUCUUGGUCCUUAACGAUUUCGGCCUGGGCCGAUAUCAUCGACAACAGUCACGUUCUGUGGUCAGACCAUGGGACAUCAUGACAUCGCGAACCUACCGCCCGCCCGAGUGUGACGUGAAGGGAGGGCGGAUCAAUCGAAAAUUCGACAUCUGGUGCCUUGGUGCGACCUUUCUGGAGUUUGUUAUCUGGUAUCUGAGGGGAUUUGAAGACGUGGAAUUCACUUUUCCCGAGGCCCGUGAAGAAGAGGACAACCCCAAUGUCAUGAUGGGAUACUUUUUCUCGGAUACCUUUUUCCGGGUUAAUCAUGAUCACUCGGAGGCUUUUGUGAAGCCUUCUGUUGCGGAUUGGAUACAGAGGUUGAAGGCAGACGACAGGUCGGCUGGCUUUCUGCGCGACUUGCUACUCGUGAUUGAAACCCGCAUGCUGGUAGUCGACCAACACGCACGGUUUACCGCGAGACAGCUUGCAGAUCACCUACGGGAACUCUGUUCGAAACACUCGGUAUGA